CGCGCGUUGUCUUGUCCAGCAGCUGCACCGCGCUGGAGAGGGCGACAUGGGGGCCCAUGGGCGCUCGGCGGGGCCGGCGUUCCUUGACUGGUGGCAGCGGCUGAACAUCGCGCGCGGCACUGCGAGGGCGCUCCAGUUCCUGCACACCGUCAAGGAUAAGCCGCUCAUCCACGGCGACAUCAAGAGUGCCAACAUUCUGCUGGACGGCAACUUUGAACCUAAGUUGGGGGACUUCGGGCUGGCCCGGGAAGGUCCCAUGAGUCAGUACACCAGCAUGAAGGUGAGCACGCUGGACCGGCCUUAG